AGUCGCAUUGGGUGCCUGCAUGCAUCAGAUAAUUGGGACCCUCUUGACGUGUGCACCUAGCUUGGCCGAAGAGAAUCUGAAUCCGCCUAGGAUAGUGGGUGACCCAUCUUGUAAGUGUAGGAAAACUUUUUCCAAAACUUAAUUUUCGGUCAGAUUUCCAGUGUUCUAAUUCUAUCUCAAUUUGAGGGACCUUGCCACCUUGGGCAGUCGAAGGGGAAAAAUUUUUGAGGGACGUGUGGGACUUGACUGCAAUUUUCACAAACGUGAGGGACCUGCAGUCAAUUUUCCCAAAAAUUAACCGUAAGACAGCUUCUCCACCCUUCGAGGUUUGGGUCUCUCACCAUCUUAUUGAUUAUUCGGUCCUCGCUUUGUCGUUGGCGUCCGUCCGGGCGCCACUGCCGCCGGCGAACCAUAAUUCGGUUGGCUUCUGAGAGAAACCAAUGAAAGAGAUGGAGCAAUGGACAAAUCAACUACAACAGUGGAUACAUCAAGCACAGCAUUGGAUUCAUCAAAUACCAUCUGUUCAAAUUUAUGUUGCUAUUGGUGUGCUUUUCCUGACGACAGCUUUUUUCUUCUUGACUUGCUUGUUCAGACGAACAAAAUAUAACACUAUUGUGCUUGCUGGGCUAAGUGGUAGUGGGAAAACAGUCCUUUUUCACCGGCUUCAAGAUGGCUCUUUACCACAGGGUACUGUUACAUCAAUGGAUCCAAAUGAGGGGGAUUUUGUGCUUCAUUCUGAAUCCUCAAAGGUAAAAAUGAAGCAUGUCCACUUAGUUGAUGUUCCUGGGCAUCCCCGGUUGCGACCCAAACUUUAUGAGUACUUGCCCCAAACAGCUGGCCUUAUCUUCGUUGUGGAGGCUUUGGAGUUCCUACCAAACUGUCGUGCAGCUGCAGAGUACCUGUACGAUAUUUUGACAAAUGCAAGUGUUGUGAAGCGGAAGAUCCCAGUUCUUAUACUAUGCAACAAGACUGAUAAAGUGACUGCUCAUACCAAGGAAUUCAUCAAGAAACAACUGGAAAAAGAAAUAGACAAGCUACGGGCAUCAAGAAAUGCUAUAUCAGCAGCUGACAUUUCUAAUGAAUUUACACUUGGUAAUAUUGGAGAAGCCUUUUCUUUCUCCCAAUGCCAUAAUAAGGUGACUAUUGCAGAAGCAUCUGGACUGACAGGUGACGUUGUACAGGCUGAGCAGUUCAUUAGGGAACACAUUAGGCCGUAGAAACUGUUCAGUCCACUCUGCAGCUGCAUUGUGUGUGUG